UUAAUACCACUACAUUAUUUAAUUAAUCUAAUUAAGAGUGGCAACUAAUCAAGUUCACAAAUAAAUAAUAGGCCAGUCCAAUCCAAAGACCCAAAACAAAACAUUUGAAGCACAAAGAAGAAAAAGAGAGAAUGGAAAAGAGCAAGGUUUUAGUAGUGGGAGGAACAGGAUACAUAGGAAGAAGAAUAGUGAAGGCAAGUUUAGAACAAGGACAUGAAACCUAUGUGAUUCAAAGGCCAGAGUUGGGACUUCAAAUUGAGAAGCUUCAAAGACUUCUAUCAUUCAAGAAACAAGGUGCUCAUAUUGUUGAGGCAUCUUUUUCAGAUCAUAAGAGUCUUGUUGAUGCUAUCAAAAAAGUUGAUGUUGUCAUCAGUGCUAUAUCUGGUGUUCAUAUUAGGAGUCAUAGUAUUGGCUUGCAACUUAAACUUGUUGAUGCCAUCAAAGAAGCUGGUAAUAUUAAGCGUUUCUUGCCUUCAGAAUUUGGCCUAGACCCAGCAAGAAUGGGACAUGCAUUGGAGCCAGGAAGGGUAACAUUUGAUGACAAAAUGGCUGUAAGGAAAGCAAUAGAAGAAGCUAACAUUCCUUUCACUUACAUCUCUGCUAACCUCUUUGCUGGAUACUUUGCUGGAAGCCUCUCUCAGAUGGGUUCUUUUGUGCCUCCUAGGGACAAGGUUCAUCUCUUUGGAGAUGGCAAACAUAAAGCUAUUUUUCUUGAUGAAUAUGAUGUUGCAACAUAUACAAUCAAGACAAUAGAUGAUCCUCGAACCUUAAACAAAACAUUAUACCUUAGACCACAAGAAAACAUUCUCUCCCAAGGAGAGCUUAUUGGAAUUUGGGAAAAACUUAUUGGAAAGGAUCUGGAGAAGACAUACAUUCCUCCUGAGGGCUUCCUUACAACAUUGAAAGGAUUGGAAUAUAAACUUCAAGUAGCAAUUGGACACUUCUAUCAUAUUUUCUACGAGGGUUGUUUGACAAACUUUGAAAUAGGGGAAGAUGGAGAAGAAGCAUCCAAGCUUUACCCUGAAGUGAAUUACACACGCAUGGAUGAGUACCUAAAAAUUUAUGUGUAAAAAUGAAAUACUUCCACGUGAGGUUGUGGUUCAAGCACAGACAUGUUUGUUGGCUAAAAUUACCUUACCUUUAGGAGAUUUUGUGCUUUUAGUUCAAUUGGGAAUAAACUGGAUAUUUCAGAUAUUAAAUGUCAAUGUAAUGUAUUUUUCUUUUUCAAUUUUUUUCAAAAUUGCAGACAUGCAGUUAUAAUUUGGAAUAUAAUUUAAAAUUCCAAA